CGUAUCAAAUUCAACAUGUCUAGAGAUCCAAUCUUGAACAUUGGAAGAAUUUUAUGAUUACUCUGCAUACGACUGGGCCCUCGAGUUAUAACUUCGGGCGUUUCAUAGGUGGAGAAUCAUCCGACAACAUGACGUUUGAGUGCUCGUCGACUCAAAGCUCUCAUAACCCCCAAACCCGGUAUUGUUCUUAAUGAACAAUAUCCUGAUACAAGGUUGCAUCCAAGGAAUUGUCACCAAGACAAAUAGAUCGAUUUCUCUGGUCAAACUUGCUUAUACAUCUAGAUACGUUCAGCGCAGGCUCUUGUUUCCGGUGUUGCUGCUUUUCCUUAUCGUUACUCUAAUUUUCUUCCUUGUAUGUACUUGCUACUCCUGUUUUAGCGCUUUGAAUGGGUUGUCUAAAUUGUAUCUUGAACCCAUCAAGCGUGUACAUAUUGUAUUUCUUGCUGUUUAUUUUCUUUUGUUUCGCUUUACAUGUCUAGCGACAGUGGGUGGCAGUUUGUGUACUAUUCGGGUGUUUGGGGAACGUUAGAAGCGGACUGAAAUAAGGAAGUCAUGAAUAGAUACCUGACCAAGUAGAACGAUACAUAUUAAUUGAUCAAUUGACUUGUCAUGGGCAAAUCAAGGCUGUUGAUAUUGGAUGGAUGCCACUAUUAUUG